AUGGCUUCGGCCGCAGAGACUGAUGCAAUGCCCUCUGCAGUUCCUGCAUCUCCCAGGACUCAUCCUGCAUGGACUUCCAAAGCACAUCGAAGGCCUCAGCUGCAAGGUCCCAGCAGAACACCGAGAUUUUAUCCUGUUGUCAAAGAACCAAGAGCCAUCGAUGGAAAGAGUCCAUGAAAGAGGAAGACGAGCCGCAGCAACAGCCCCCCUCUAGAGUGUCACGUUGGGUGGGUGAUGGAUUCCCGGAACCAUGGGCCAAGACCACCCUCUGUCAGCUCCAAUGCUUCACCUUCGGAAGGUGCACCACUCCCAGGAGGCUGCAGCUGCACGCCUCACUCGUUCCCAAAGUUCCAGCAUCCUUCUCAUGAACUGCUGAAGGAAAACGGUUUCACCCAGCAAAUGUACCACAAGUAUCGCCGAAGGUGUUUAAGUGAGAGAAAACGCCUAGGCAUUGGACAGUCACAGGAAAUGAACACCCUCUUUCGUUUCUGGUCCUUCUUCCUCAGAGACCACUUCAACAGGAAAAUGUACGAGGAAUUUAGACAACUUGCUUGGGAAGACGCAAAAGAGAAUUACAGGUAUGGGUUAGAGUGUCUUUUCAGGUUUUAUAGUUAUGGACUGGAAAAAAAAUUCAGACAAGAAAUUUUUAAAGAUUUUCAAGAGGAAACCAAAAAAGACUACGAAUCUGGCCAGCUAUAUGGACUGGAAAAAUUUUGGGCCUAUUUGAAGUAUUCUCAAUCUAAGACACAGUCUGUCGACCCAAAACUUCAGGAGUACCUCUGUAGUUUUAAGAAGUUAGAAGACUUCCGUGUUGAUCCCCCCAUUAGUGAGGAAUUUGGAAGAAAAAGACAUUCAUCUACUCCUGGGGAAGAGAGUACUCGGCACAGACUUCCGGCGCUCUCCGCCACACCGCCACCACCUGCUGCUCUGCCUGCCUCUGCCGGUGACCUGCCAGAGAAACCUCUGGCUUCCAGGGACAACUCACCGUGACAGCGCGGCCUCGGCCUCCGUGGGGGGAGUAGACCUCACACAAAAGCCGCGUGUCCUUGAAAUCAGCAUUAGCAUCUCCUGAUGUUUAAUUGUGAUAAUCAGAAAACAAAAAGGAAGAAAAAUGGUUGUCUGUUUUUCUGGCAAGAUGAAUUCCACAAACAAGGUCUGAUUGACCUUAGGAGAUCCUGUAGUCCUGCACCUUGGCCUCCUGUCUUCUGGAAGGCCAUUGUUUACAAAAUCCCUUUAGUACAUUUCAGGCACGCACAAGGACCAGCUGACAGUCCAGCUCCUCCUUAC